GACCCGUGAGGAACGGCGAUCGCCUCUUCCGGCUUAUGCACGUCAGCGCGACGGACCCCGCCUCCCUCUUUUGCCGAUUUCGCCUGCUCGCCUCCCUCUCUAGUCACAGGGCGGCGCACGCGGGGUUAGUGCAUUCGCGAUUUCGCCUGCUCGUCCUGCUUGGCGAGUGGCUACACGUCAGUCAGUCUCCUGCAGCUGCGGCUGCUGUCGCUGUUCCUCUCACUUCGCAUCUGCGCCGUACGGGAGGGGAGGGAGAACGGCGCGUAGGGUUGCGGAAUGGCGGCGGGGGCUGCGGCGAGCUGCGGCGAGGGGGAGGAACUCCUCCUGCUCUCCGCCGUGGAGGCUCGCAACGCCGGCGGCGCGGUCACCGCGGCGCAGGAGUCGUGGCGGCUCAACUUCGACGCCUUCCGCCCACCGGAGGUGCACCAGGAGAGGCCGCCGACCCGCGCGCUCCACCACUGCCUCGGCGUCCUAGCUCAAGGUCCUGAGGAUGUUGUUGCUGAGUACUACCAACAGCAAGUGGAGAUGCUAGAGGGUUUUAAUGAGAUGGAUACGCUUACGGAUCGUGGUUUCCUUCCUGGAAUGUCCAAGGAAGAACGUGACAAAGUUGCUAGGAGUGAGACAUUAGCCAUCCGGCUUUCUAACAUCGCUAAUAUGGUUCUUUUUGCUGCAAAAGUGUAUGCUUCAGUAAGGAGUGGCUCGCUUGCUAUUAUUGCUUCGACUUUGGAUUCUCUUCUGGACUUAUUGUCAGGGUUUAUCUUGUGGUUUACUGCAUUUUCUAUGCAAACACCAAACCCCUACAGAUACCCAAUUGGUAAAAAGCGUAUGCAACCGCUGGGAAUACUUGUUUUUGCUUCUGUUAUGGCAACCCUUGGCCUCCAGAUCAUCCUAGAAUCAAUACGCUCAUUGGUGUAUGAAGGAGAUGAAUUCAGCCUAACAAAUGAGCAGGAAAAGUGGGUUGUUGACAUAAUGCUCUCUGUGACAUCGGUGAAACUUGGUCUAGCUAUAUAUUGCCGCUCAUUCACAAACGAAAUCGUCAAGGCUUAUGCACAGGAUCACUUUUUUGAUGUCAUCACUAAUGUAAUUGGCCUGGUUGCUGCACUACUUGCCAAUUAUAUUGAAGGUUGGAUCGACCCAGUUGGUGCAAUCAUUCUGGCUAUCUACACGAUCAGAACAUGGUCGAUGACGGUGCUGGAGAACGUCCACUCCCUGGUUGGGCAGUCGGCCUCGCCGGAGUACCUCCAGAAGCUGACCUACCUGUGCUGGAACCACCACAAGGCCGUGCGGCACAUCGACACCGUGCGGGCCUACACGUUCGGCUCCCACUACUUUGUGGAGGUGGAUAUCGUGCUGCCGUCGGACAUGCCGCUGCAGGAGGCGCACGACAUCGGCGAGGCCCUGCAGGAGAAGCUGGAGCGCCUGCCCGAGAUCGAGCGCGCGUUCGUCCACCUCGACUACGAGUUCACCCACCGGCCCGAGCACGCCCUGUCCCACGAAAAAUAGCCUGCAAGUUUCCGGCCAGUGGAACGACACGGCUUCGUAGCUGAAACUAUUUACGAGUAGCCGAUAUGGUUUCAGGAAUCCGGUGCUCGUCUUGUCAUCCGUCGCAGGAAACCAUUGGGGUACGUGCGAUGGAGUUGUGGGUACUAGAGUGCCUGGUGCGGCGAUGCCCUGGUAGAUUACAGUAUCAUGUACCGAAGAAUCUGAUUCUCCAGUAAUGCAGAUAUUUUAUACUGGUCUUCAACUCUUUGAUUUUCUGUUA